GACAAUUUCUUCGCAGAUGCACAUCAACUUUCUAUUUGACAACUCGCGCGCAUCUAUAGAUUUAAAUUCACGAAUUCGCGCCAAAAGGACUCAUCGUGUAACCUAAAAAUCGUCAAGAAAUUCGACCAUUCUUUGCAUAAUAUACAACUUGAGUGCCCAACGGCAAUUUUUAUGUAAUAUGCUGUAAUAAACGAUUAUAUAACAAUCAUUUCGGCCUCAUAUUUUGGUGGGUAGCGAUAGUCUACAAUCUGCCAUGGCGAAGACCGUUUGGCUUUCAAAUUUAUAGUGGUGGUUUCUUUUUUUUUUAUUCUGUGAGUGCCAGUGUUUUAUUUACAUCGUGGCAGUGACUUUCAGGAUUUAAUUAGACAUGACAUCCAGAGAGUGAAACUCAGAAGACCAACAUGUCAGCCGCCGACCACAGUUCAGUGCCGAUCAAAAGAAACCACAUGAAAAUAUUAAAAACCAUACAAAAAUGUAGCGAAAAAACAGUUACUAUUCACAAAAACUCCGACGUCGAUGAUAAUUACUGUUUAGAGUGCAAUAAUAGAGAUAAAAUAGAUAAAAUAAGUGUAGAUCUUAAUAUGAACAAGGCGGAUCGGCUUUCCGAAAUCCAGGAGUUUUACAGCGGGAAGAAUGUCCUCAUAACGGGAGCCACAGGGUUCCUGGGUAAAAUCCUUGUGGAGAAACUUCUCCGUUGCUGUCCGGGAGUGGAGAACCUCUACCUUCUAGUGCGGCAGAAGCGAGGAAAAGACAUCUACACGAGGAUUGAAGAAGUUUUCGAAGACCCGGUUUUCAGUCGUCUCAAAGAAGAAGUACCAAAGUUCCGACACAAAAUAGUCGCCAUACCGGCGGACUGCGAGGCGGCGGGUCUAGGUCUUACAAUUAGUGAUAGACAGACUCUUAUAGAAAAGGUGAACAUAAUCUUCCACUCCGCUGCCACCGUGAAGUUCGACGAACAUCUCCGCGCGGCGCUCGUCACCAAUGUGCAGGCACCGCUGUCGCUGUUGCAACUGGCCAAAGAUAUUAAACAGUUGAAGGUGUUCAUGCACAUAUCGACAGCGUACUCCAACUCUCACCUGUACCACAUCGAAGAGCGGUUCUAUCCAUGCGACGAGGACAGCGGCAAGCUGCAGCACAUGAUCGACAAGCUGACCGACGAGCAGAUCAAUGACGUACUUCCCACUAUUCUAGGUAAAUGGCCCAACACGUACACGUUUACGAAGGCUCUAGCGGAGAACGAACUGAGACUGAACGCAAGGAAUGUUCCGCUGGGUAUCUUCCGACCGGCGAUAGUGACUUCAACAGUGAAGGAGCCGCUGAAAUGUUGGCUGGACAAUAUGUACGGGCCGACAGGAGUUGCUGUGGGUGCCGUGACGGGUACAUUGCGGACGCUUCAGUGUGACGAGUCAGUGACAGCGGACUUGGUGCCCGUGGACUCGGUGGUCAACUGCCUCAUGGUAGCGGCUUAUAGCGUGCACAAGCAAUAUAAGAACGGUCCGCCAGCAGAGUCGCCAAUUUACAACUUCGUCAGCUCAGUGGAAAACAGAAUCACGUGGGGAGACUUCAUGGCGCAGAAUAUGGCCAGGAUUGAUAAGCAUCCAUUCUCUAAUGCUGUUUGGUACUUCUCCCUGCAGUUACACAAGUCAGCCCUAAUGAACCAAAUCUGUAUAUUAUUCUUACAUCUGCUGCCCGCCGCGCUCGUCGACGGGCUCGCUGUGUGUAUUGGAAGGAAACCUCAGAUGUUGAAAGUGUACCGCAAGAUCCACAAGUUCUCAUCAGUGAUCAGUUACUUCUGCACCAACGAGAUCAAGUUCUGUAAUCGGCGGACGAGAGAACUGUGGGAGAUCACCUCCGACUUAGAUAAGCAGCUAUUCCCAUUCAGCAUGAGCGAGGUGGACUGGAGCGCAUACUUCGACGACUACCUCGCCGGCAUCCGACGGUAUCUGUUUAAGGAAAGCGAUGACACCCUGCCACAGGCGAGGAUCAAGUGGAAAAGACUUUACUAUCUCCACCAGAUAGUACGGAUCGUUUUUGCUGUCUUCGUGUUGUACAUGUUUUGGUCGGUUCUGCGGCGCAUUUUUUAAACUAAACCUAGUUUAAGACUUAAGUUUCGACAAUAUUUUGCUCAAUUUCUUCUAUUGGGCAAAACAUGAACCCAAAUAACAUUAUUGUUAGUAGAGUUCAUCAUCAGUUUCAAACGACAAAGAUCAUUAAUUAAAAUGUCAGUUGAAGCUGACGUCACACUGUAGUAUAAAUUAUCAAUUAAAAUGUCAAACUUUUCUGAUCCGGUGGCCAAAACUAGAACUAACGUCGCGGCGGUCGCCAUUUUGAAAAACAAUUUAUUAAAUUAGCGACAAUUAGCGACCUACACUGGGCCAGCUAAGUUUGUUGGCAGUAUUUAGGUUGGCAAAGAACUGAGGGCCUAGCGGCAGUUUGAUACUGUUACUGUCACGUAACGUAAACGCGAAUUUCUAAGGAAUUGAAACAACGCCAUCUAGUGACACUACUACACAAUUCUUUCAAUUCCAUAUAAAUUUUGCUUUUACUUUACGUGACAGUAACAGUAUGAAACUAUUGAAAACUCACACGCACACUGCUGUAUUUUAAUGUUCAAUGUGGCAAAAUUCGUAAUACAUUUCGGAAAGUCCUCAUUCUAAUAUAUACCUUAUCUUUAACACGUUAGUUUCAUUUUGCAAAAUUGCCACAGCAACUCUAUUAGGACGUUUGACGGUACUUGUAAACCCAAGUAAACCGGGAUAAUUUCUUUCCGCGGACGUUCACGUGGAUAGUGCCACAAACUUUUCUGAAAAAAAAAAAAUGAGGAGCAACUAUUUGACAGUUUUUUUUUAAUAUAAUCAUCUGUCAGUUCCGCGAGCCGUGUGAAUGAGUGAUCAGAGAACACAGAGUCUAUGUACCGUAGGUACAAUGUAUGUCGUUGGUUAAUCCCUCAAUUUAAAGGACUAUAUUCAAAGUAAUCUAAAACAUAUUUAUAUACUUACAUAUUAUCUACUUAUUAAAUCGUAUUAGGUACAACAAAAGGAAUGUAUUUGUUAACUAUAGUCGCAAACUUUUUAUCGUCUCCAAAAUGACGUGCGAGUAAUAGCGCAGCGCAGGUUGUAUAAAAAUUAAGACGCGUGAUGCGAAAUCGGGUGGGAGGGACACGAGCGCGGGAUGACGCCCCGUCGCCGCCUUGCGUAACCGAGGACACCUUAAAUCUUGAAUUGCGCAAUUUAACGCACGAUGUUCGGAAAAAAUGUUAGUCUAAAUUGAUGAUCAGGUUGAAACAACUGUUCAACCAUCAAUUUAGCCUACAACAUAAUUUCGUAUUGUAUAUAUUUUUUAUCGUUGCUACAUAUUUUAGUCUAAACUGUAAAUAAUUUUAUUAAAACCUAUGAAAAGAGGCAUUAUUUUCUGCCAUAAGGUUCGUAGUUACGACCAUAAUCGUGAUUGCGAUAAUCACAUUCCCGAUUACGUUAAUCAUAUUCGCGAUUACAAUAACCAAAACUUAUUAUUAGUGUGAUCAAUUUUCAAUUUUUUUUUUCAUAAUAAUAAUUGAAAUCUCGAACUAAAAAUCAAUUAAUUUGGGUAUAUUUAACAUAAGUAAGCGCUAUUUAGUUCAUAAUUAACUUUAGUAUUAUGUACAGGUGAUUAGAUAAGUUAUGUAAAGACUUUUUUGUACAACUGUUUAUAAGGCAAAGGCCAUUAAGGGUCAACUUACGUAUGCAAUCAAAUUGGUAUAAAUUAUGGUAUAAACCAAUAAUCAUAUUUUAAAAUAAGGGAAACCAUAGAUCAUAGAUGUGGUAGAGAUCCAUGCAAUGAGCGUACCUGCUCGACAUAGAAUAAAUUAAAAAUGAAUGUUUUUGACGUCAUAUCCCGCACCCCAGAAACUCGCAUUCGAGGACUAAUAUAAUACAGUGAACCACAGACGUACUCGUAAGUUGGUAUCCAAAGUGUGGUCUUUGCAUUGAAUUACGUUUAUAGACAUAUUAUAAUUAUAAUGUUAAGAAUAAAAUAAAAACGGGAUAUUUUAAA